AUGCCAAUUUCGAAUCAUGAAACAUUCUAUGAGGAGGCAAAAAGGAGACUCCGAAGAAAAAUACCAGCUGCUCAAGCUGUGACAUAUACCAAUGUCGAAUUACCCUAUCACUUUCCUCCAGAGGUGUAUAAAGUCUCAUUUAGCGAAGAAUUACACAAAGGAAUAUUAUACACUCGUGUCAACAAUUGGUUUGGCUCGAGAGAGGAAUUAAAAAAGAAUGAAAAGGCAUUGGGAAGAAUCAAACAAAAUCAAACCAUGAAAGAAUCACUGAGUAUGAACAACACGAUAGCAUCCUCUUCUCGAUUGUUUCAACAACGAGAGAUCACUCCCAAUAAUGAACCCAAUAAUGAACCCAAGACUUGCAUUCCCAUUCAACAACAAAUCUUAAUGACCAAUAAUAUUGGAGAUUUUCUAGCGUUUUACUUUUUAAAAGGUCACUAUCCGGAAGUGGAAUGGACUCUCUUUCAACAACAACAACCAGAAGACCAUGAAUUAUUGUUGAUGUUGACGACAAAAAACAGCAAGAUGGAAAAAACAAAUUCCACAUCAAGUUCACAAAUCAAUGUGCAAGAUGAUCAUCAAAAUGACAACAUUUUGAAACGUUUAUUUUCCAAAGACAAAUCCAUAUUGAAUAAGGAAGCAAAUUACAUAUGGGUCAUUGAUGCAAAUUUUAAUUUUGUUUUUGCUCCUGAACAUCAAGUGGAUUUUGCAUUGCAACGUGUUCGUGUGAAACAUGGAGAUUUGACAGCAAGUGGAUAUGUAGCUCUGGUUGGAAAUAUUGAUACACUUACAGUUGGAAGAUUACCUGCAAGAAUGGGAGGAGAAUUUCGUUUUGAUAAGUCAAAAGGAACCUGGAGAAUAGAUAAUGACUCUUCGUAUUGUUUUUUCAGAGAGGAUAAUCUAAUCAUUUCAAACACAGCCAACAUUAAAUGGCAAUUCAUGACAGAGUUAUUACUUCGAGCUCUUGGAAUUGUCACCAAUGAUAUUUUAUGGUUGGAUCUCGUUCAAUCGCGUCGUUUGGAUUCAUUCAUUGUUCAGAAAAUUUCUAAAACCUUCGUCCGUAUGAAGAAGGAGGAAGAAAAAGAGACAGCCAUGAGUGACGUGAGUCGAAAAUUUGCUCUUGUCAAUUUAUUUCGAGGAGUCAAUUUAUUGGAUAUUGUUUUUGAGGCAUUUGGAGCAAAGAGUUUCUUUUGCACCACAGGAAAAUUACUUGUCGAAAUUGUUGAAGCAUUGAAUUUACCACAUUUAGAUGUUUUUAAACUUCAACAUGCACAUUCGUAUUGUAAGGUGGGACUUCGUGGAUGUGAGACGAUUGAACAUCGUAAUUGGUGGGACAAGUACUACACCACAGCCAUUCAAAAGAGAAAUCAAAAUCCACAAUUUAAUGAAAAAUUCACACUCUAUGUCACGAGUAUGGAUGUUCAAAUUUUGGAUCUCAAGGUUUUUCACUCCAAGUUGGGAGUCAUGCCCAUUUUGUUGGGAGAAUGUGAAUUGGAAUUGUCAGAGUUGAAUUUUGAUGAAUUUGAUGAAUUGGAUUUGUAUUUGCCUCUUAUGGUUCCAAAGGGUGUCUUGUCUUUGCCUUCUCUGUCUUCGAGUAGUACGGACGAAGAUAAUGAGAAUCUAUUCGUUCGAAUGAACAUUGUACCUAGUAGUUUGGUUCAUGUGAAUUCCAUCACGGCUCAAAAUUCGGUCUCUGGAAAUAUUGCAUUCAUUGGCGAGAGUUUGAAACAGAUUGUAGGAAGUGAAACUGGAGUGACCAGCUCAAAGCAUCAAUCACGAGUUGGCAAGGUAUCGGUUGAACCCUCGGUUUCUAUGAGCUCUCUAAAUUUCAUGCAGACUUCGACACCAAGUUCAACAACUCCCCUCAUUCACAUCAAACUCAGAUAUGUGCCACACAUCAAGCAUGACUUUGGACAUUCAAACUCUGUGGGAUCACUCUCUUCUGAGAAGAAUGAAAGUGAACACAAAUUGCUCACCUUUAACGAAAUUAUUACGCAACUAGAAUUGGAGGAUGAAUAG